ACCUACUAUCUUCUACCUGAGUAUCUAACCAAACUAUAAGUUCUUAGUCUCGAUGUUAUUAUAAAUUCACUGAUUUGACAUUUUUCUGGUUUAAUAAUACUGCAGCGUUUGUAGGCUGUGAAAGUAAAAAACAAAAAAAAAACGCGCGAUAUGAUUUCGCUACGAGUUGCAAUUAUUUUUGCAUUAUCAACUCAAUUUGUUAGUUAUGGAAGUUGUGGAUAUGUUGUUGUUUCAGUUGAUAACUCAUUGCCAGAAUCAGAAACUCCAGAAUCUAAGGCGGAACCUCUACCUGAGACAUUAUAUACUCCAGUGAUCGAAACUACAACUGUGCCGACUUUAGACGAACCCCAAGAAGUUGAAGAUACUUCAGCUGUCCAGGAGAUUUCAACACCAUCUGACCGUCUGCCUCGUAAAGCGACAGGUUCCUCUCUUUGGAAAGACUGCACCAAUGGAAAAGGUUGCUUCAUUAAACACUUCCGCCAAUAUAACUAUUAUUAUCCAAAUGGUCAACGAGUUGUUGUACCAAUUCAAAAUAAUAGACCAAUAACAACUGAAGAUUUAUUACCAAAUCCUAGCAUUCCUGAUGAACUAUUACCUGUCACUUCCUCUGUACGCAUGACAAAUGAUAAUGGCAGGGUUACUGUUCAAACUAGCUCAAAGCCAACGGUUAGUUAUAAUCUCCCAGGAGUUACUUCGUAUGUUCCCAACAACGGUUUUAAUUAUAUCUACAAUCAGUUUGAUUCAGGACUUCGUCAGAAUACACAAGCAUAUGCUGGAGCCUCAUCAUAUGAUCAAAGGCCUGUAAGCGAGGAAGAACAAGUAGUAUCUGAAGAAGCAUCUGCAGAACAGACAGCUGAGCCCGCUCAAGAAGACGAUUCAUCUUCUGGCAACGUGAACAAGGACAUUACAACUUAUCUAUCUGGUCCCAAUGUGUUCGGUCAAAGCAGAUUAAGAGUGGUUAAAAAUGGAAACAAUGGCAAUUUCCAAUCAAGUCAAGUUAGCGUGUCAUCGAGUGUUCAAUCGCGACCUUUCCAAGUUGCUCAAGCACAAGAAGAAGUUAGUACUUUAUCAGAUUCUUACCAAGAUGAGGAUGAGUCCUCAACAACCGGCUCUUCUGGAAACGUGGACAAGGACAUCACAACUUAUUUCUCAGGACCCAAUAUGUACGGUCAGAAAAGACAGAGAAUUAUACAAAAUGGAAACAAUCAAAACUUCCAAUCUCAACAAGUAAGCGUAUCCACAAGAGUACAGUCAAAACCUUUGCAACAAGUCGCAGAAGAACAAGAAGAAGUAACAAGUAGUACAUCAUCGGAAAAGCAGUCAGAAUCUUCGUCAAAAUCUGAACCUCCAUCUAUCAAUUCUGCUAAAUAUGGUUUCCAAAACAGAUUUGUAUAUGGUUACGACCCAUAUUUCCAAACGUACCAUCAGUUUGGUGUACCACCGAUAGCUCCACUCCCUUAUGCCGGGUUUCCAAGUCCAAUUUAUAGUCCAGCUGGUUUUCCAUAUUAUAAUCCAGUUAGCACUUGGCCAAAUUAUCCAGCACCAGCACCAUCGCCACUUUACGACAUUCCAGGUAUGGCACCAGCAUAUUCGGUUAUUUUGUAAAAUUAAAAAAAGCUUAAAGGUUUAAUUUGUUUUUGUUGUAGAAGAAAACUUCUGUUAGGUAAUUAUUUAUUUAUGUUUAAUAAUAUUUAUUAAAUAAAACAAGUCGAAGAAA